AUGGUGCCACUAACACCGCAGGGCCACAACCAGGCCAAGCUUGCUGGAACGGUACUUCGAAACUUUCUCAGUCAGGAGUGCUUCGAUACCAAGGAUAGGUCUGUCCUAUUCUACACAUCGCCGUAUCGUAGAGCCAGAGAAACAUGCCACAACAUCGUUGAGGGCAUCAAGGAUAUACCGAACAUUAAGUACAAGACCCACGAAGAGCCCAGGUUAAGAGAACAGGACUUCGGCAACUUCCAGUCUACACCAGAUGAGAUGGAGGAGAUUUGGCAAGAAAGGGCCCACUACGGUCACUUUUUCUACAGAAUCCCCCAUGGAGAGAGUGCAGCUGAUGUUUACGAUAGAGUAGCCUCUUUCAACGAGACUUUAUUCAGACAGUUCCAGUCAGACGACUUUCCAGAUGUCCUCGUAUUGGUUACCCAUGGAAUCUGGGCCCGAGUGUUUUUGAUGAAAUGGUUCAGAUGGAGCUACGAGGAAUUCGAAUCUUUGAGGAAUAUCCCCCACUGUCAGUAUCUAAUUAUGAAGAGACUGGAAGAGACCGAUCGCUUUCAAUUGAAAACGCCUUUGAAGACUUGGGACGACUUACCCGAGGAUGAAGUCGACGGAGAAGUGGAAAAGGAAUUUGGAAGUGAAGUAUGCUUUAACUCCAAGGAUAAAUUGAAUAACCCUAAUGAUAUGGACAUAACUCAUAUAAUAGAUGCCCAGAAGGAUGCCAUCAGACUUCAACGGGCGAAGGAUAAGUUGAUAAAGGAAAUGUAUGAGAAGAAGAACGGAAAUAGCUAUAUCAAUAUGCUGAUGGAGACCAGACGACUUGAAAGAAGCGGUAGUGCAAAAUUCACUGACAACCAGAGUUUGACCAAUAGUCUGACAAACCUCUUAGAAGGGAAAGAAGAAAAGUAA